CCAGACCAGCCGAACGCUGCUGGAGAGCUCAGACAGCGUGUACGAGCGAAUACUGCAAGUCCAGAAAUCAGCGAUGGAGUUCCAUGAGAAUCUACACGACAUGGGGGUGAAGGAGGGACUGAAGGGAAGAAAGCUCCACAAAUCUGUAGAGAGCUUCACCUGGAACAUCACGAUUCUGAAGGGCCAGGCUGAUCUGCUGAAACACGCUCGGGCAGAAGUGCUGGAAAACCUGAAACAGAUCCACUACGCCGCCCUCACCUGUAACCUGGCCAAGGGAGGAGCGGGACCCUCUUCGGGGUCCGAGUCCAGGGGCCGCCGCAGCCUGGAGGCCAUCCCGGAGAAGGCGGUCGGGGAGAACGACAUCACAGACGAGGAGAACUGAGGGUGCCCAAGCGUCCCGCCAAAUCCCAUAAAUCCUCUCCCAGGGUCGGCGUGUACCGAGAGCCGUGGGUGGCCAAAAACAUUUCAAAAGAUCUCAGCACGUCUCGCCCGCAGGACGCUUCAGAACCAAACGAAGCGAGUGAAGCCAAGGCCUCCUCUGCUUCCCGUUCCCGUCUCUCCUCGGUGCUGCCGGGGUCAGGUGGGUGUCGACGAGGCUGAACUUCGCUCCAGGUCUUUCUACAAGCAUAAACUUUGAGUAUUAGGAGGAAUUAGAACUGAAGCCACGAAUGUAACGAGAUGUCGUGUGCGAAUGUGUUCGAGGAAAGAAGAAAGCUGUUUACAAUAAAGAACUACUUUGCGUUCUGUCUGCCAAAAUAGUAUGUGUGUGUAUAUACAGUAUAAAUAUAUAUAUAUGGAGAUCGGUUACCUUUUUCGCUAUGUGAACUUUUAAUGGAUCAGAUUAUUUUGUUAUGAGAAAUGGAUGUUUUAAAGAGCUCUUACUUUAUCUGCUUGUACAGAACUUGAGAUGCGGAUCUUAUGAAACGGCCCGGCCCUUUAUGGGCUUUUUAAAAAUUAUUUGUAUAAAUGCAGGAGGAUUUUGAGGAUGUGGUUCGAGAGAGAAUCUAGUUUCAGACAUUACCAGCAGCUACUGUACAUUUGAAUAGGUGAGAGUCUCUGGGCUACUCUUUAGCAAAUGUGCACAUUGCAAAGUUUAAUUUAAUUUACAUUUAGUCAUUUAGCAGAUGGUUUUAUCUAAAGCAACUUACAAAUGAAAAUUCCUUAAAUUGUCAUUCUGUGUGUGUACAGAAUACAGGACUGAACAUUUUGCAUAACAUGUCUCUAAAAAAGAAAGAUGAAAGUCAACAGUUUAACCCAGUGGUUCUCAACCUUUUUGACUCCAAGGCCCCAGAUUGUCCACAACAAUAUUUAAAUGUCCCCUUAAUUUGAAGGAUUAAGGUAUGUGUAUAAUAUAUAUUCAUUUUUAUAAAAAUGCUCUAAAUGUUUUAGGAUUGCAUUGAUUUACAUGACUUGUCCGGAUCUAGCUAUUAAAAUUAAUUACAAUUUAAAUAAUUUGAAGGCCCCCCCUUAAUUUAACGUA